GGAGAUGGGCGACAGGAGAAGGAGGAGGACAGGAAGACCGGAGGAGAGGACCACAAGCCCCAGAAUUCUUAGCGGCCGCUCUCGUUCUUCCGGUUGCGAAGCUGCUGAAAGUGAAAGUGCCGCGGCCGCCGUGCCGCCGCUGUAGCCACCUCCCCCUCCUCGACUUUGGCUUGGCUGGGUUCACCUUCAAGCGCGCGCUUGGCGGAGCGAACGGGCGCCGAGCAGAGGCCCCCGCAGGACAGAGCAGCAUGAACGGAGGGGUGCACUAUCUGCUGUCGGAGGAAGUGAUCCAUCUCACCCGAGGACCUUCAGGCUUGGGAUUUAAUAUUGUUGGCGGGACUGAUCAGCAGUAUAUCGCCAAUGACAGCGGCAUCUACGUUAGCCGGAUCAAAGAAAAUGGAGCUGCUGCACUUGAUGGCCGCCUUCAGGAAGGAGACAAGAUUUUAGCAGUUAAUGAUAAUGAGUUGAAGAACAUGCUACACAAGAAUGUUGUGGAACUUUUCAGGACAGCUGGUGACAAUGUAUCAUUAAGGGUUCAGCACAGGCUAUUGCCCCAGAAUGGUCCCUCAAGCCACCGAGGAGAUGGAGAUCCAGGAGGCAUUCCUUUGGCUAUGAUUUUGGUGCCAGGGUUGGCCAUAGCAGCAGGAGCAGCUCUAUUAUGGGCCUUCUUUAGAUAUCGACAGCGGGUGUGAUGAGCAUCAUUUUCCAAAGAUCCUGCUGUCUCGGAAAACAUAUAUAUCUGUAAAAUAAUUUAAACAGAAGAAAUCAGCAAUCUUACUCUGGACUGACAUAGGGAGAGGAGUAACAGAGAAUCAUUGGUCAGUGCAGCCUUCCCCAACAUGGUGCCUUUCAGAGGGUGUUGGAUUACAAUACCCAUUAUUUCCAACCUGGCGGGUAUCACUUUGGGAAAGGCUGGAGAACACUAAACAUUUUGGCUGCUUUAGGGAGUUUCAAAUUUCAUAUACUUAGAACCUGAAAACUGAUGAGCUGGACAAUCUAACUUCACUGGGCCCUGAAGAAAAUUGGUCCGGUCUUUUCUGAUUUAUUUUUAUCAUGUGAGUUUUCCUGUGCUCAACAUUUUUUCACAUGUAGCUAAGCAACGGGGCAGAGCUUGUAUGUUAUGUCCCCUGACAGAUGAGAUAAGACAACUAUCUGUUUUGCCACUUGCGAAACUGCUUCUGAAGGAAACUUCCAGAGCAGCAUAGUUAUGCUUUGAUGUGGGGAGGGUUGGGUCUCAGGUGGAGUGAAAUGUCCUUGAAAAUGCAAGAAAGCAGGUUUGCCUGAUCAGAAGGAGUAUUGUAGAUUGCAGAUGCAGAAUCAAGUGUGAAAUUGAAAAAAGGUUUUGGAUUUUUUAAAAAUACAGAUUUAUCUUUGUUCCCUCCCUAUGGUUUUCUCAGAAGAAUAUUGUCCGUAAUGAGAGAUGAAAGUGAUAAUGAAAACAUCUUUCAUUAAUGAGUAGAAUAUUUUGGCAGGGUAGGCUAAAUAUUAUUUAAAUUAGAGGUCUUCAAACUUGGCAGCUUUAAGACUUGGGGACUUCAACUUCAAUUCUGGGAGUUGAAGUUCACAAGUCUUAAAGCUGCCAAGUUUGAAGACUUCUGAUUUAAAUUAUGGCUAAACAUAAUUGUAUUUUUGUAGUGGUUCUCUAGCUGAAAAGACAAAACAUUUCCUUAAACCUGAACAUGGAAAGAUGACACGUCGUUCCUUUCUUUUCUCCAAGAAUAGAUAAUUUCAAGUAUUGUGUACAACUGAUGGUUUGUUUUGAACAACUGGGUAGAAUGCAUUGCUUUUCUCUCUGGGCUGAAAGCUGUCAUUGGAAAGUAGACCCUUGCAGAGUUUCCUUCCACAUAACUUGUUUCAGAUUGGGUAGUCAAACAUAUCUUUUUUUCUUAAAUUGCUAAAGUGCCAGAUAGCUCUUUCCAGUGAAAAGCAAUAUGUGUUCAUGAUGCUGUUUUGUUUGGAGAGUGUGAACUACACCUAUGGAAUUCUCUAGCCAUGCAACAAGGCAGCAGUGUUUAUACAAGCCCAAAGUCUGUGAAAUGAUGACAAGGUGCUUGAAAGAAAAGCUACAAUGCCCUCACUUUCUAGAUGGCAAACCCUUGUAUGUUGACUGUAUCAUAUGAUUUAAACUCCUUAAAGUAUCAUUAAUUUUAUUUUGAAACGGAAUCUGUUUUUGUACUUUGCAAAGGAAAAUAGAUGUAUGAGAAACGCAUAAUGCCAAAAAAUGUAUGUACCUCUUGAAACACUAAUCUGCUGAAUGUUUUUUUUUUUUCCAACUUUUAAAAUUUCUAAUACUUCUGUACAGGAGAAUGCUUGAGAUAUGCUGGUGCGUGCCUGCCAUAUUUUCCCCUUUCUAUCCCUUUAGCAUGGUGAAAGGAUCCUGUCCUCCCUCCAGUUACAUUUACCUGGAAUGUGCCCAGCCUUUCUUGAGAUAGAAAAUUAUCAUUCCUUAAUGGGAACCCUAUUCCAGUAAUGAGGACCUGGCCACACCAGUGAGACCUCUCCAAUUUGGGGGGAUUAUUAGGAUUGUUAUGACUGAAAAGACAAUUUCCACAAGUAUGGUACAAUCGCAAGAGUAUAAUUUUGUGGAUACAUGCAAACUGGGAUCUCUGAUAACAGAGGUUUUUAGUGUGCAAGGAAGUAUUAUAGUAUUGUGGAUCUUCUGUGAUACAGACAAUCCUCGACUUAUGAUCCCUUACAAUAGGGAUCGGAAUGUCUCUUACCAAGGUGUUCUUAAGUGAGUCAUGUCUGAUUUUACAACCUUUUCUCUUUUUUUGCCACGUUUAAGUGAAUCACCCUUAAGCGAACCUGGCUUCCUCCUUUGACUUUGCUUAUCGGAAGCCAGAGAAGGUUGCAAAUAGAAAUCAUAUGUCCCCUGGGAUGCUAUAACAAUUUUAAGUGUGAUGAUCGGUGGUAAGUGACUUUUUUCAGUGCUGUUAUAAGUUCAAAUGGUCACUAAACAAAUAGUUGUAAGUCAGUGACUACCUAUAUUUAUUAGGUCAAACUAAUUUGGUUAUGAUCACAGAAUUUUACUGACUUCAAGUGCUAUCCACAAAGCAUCACAUUCGGGUAGAGCUUUCUGACUAAACGUGUUGCAAUAAAACCAUUAUCAAAUA